AUGUGCUUCAAAAUUAUUUACUUUUUAUUUUUCAUUGCUCUCGUGUCAGCGCGGCAUACAGUACGCUACGAUGAACUUGAUGACGAGGACCACCAUUUGCUGCGAGCGGCGUAUGAGACUCCUUCGUACGAUCACGACGAGUACCAAGAACAGGAUGACAUGUCCCUAGGCAAGCUGGACUUGCUAAAAGACGGGCUCUGGGCUGUGAAGGCUAAGAUAAAAGAACUCAAAGCUUUUAAUAAAGCCAUGGCAGCUAAUUUUCUGGCUACCAAACUAAAGGUGAAAGAAUUGCUGGCGAACAGCAUCCCUUUGAAGAAACAUCAUCAUGCAGAUAAGAAACCGUCGUAUAAUUAUCAGGCUCCAUCAUAUCAGCCACAGUACUCGGCACCACAGUACACAGCGCCGGCGCCCCAAUACUCCGCACCUCAGUUCUCCGUGCCUCAAUACUCCGCGCCCCAGUACUCCGCGCCCCUGCAUGUGGAGCCGCCGUACACCGAGCCCCACAACCCACAGUACGCAGAGCCCCAGUACGCACCAGUACAGCACCAACACGAUCCCUACUACGGACAUUAA